GCGGGCCUAACCCGCACCAUCCCCCUCCCCUGGGGUCCCAACAACGCCAUCAACACCACCGAGCAAGACACCCUCUGGGAGGCCACGAACUACGACCUCGGCAACAUCGCCCUCUCCGACACCUACGCGCACGCCAUGGGUCUCCCCCGAGCACAGCGCUUCCCCUGGGACCCCACGAAGGGCAUCUACCUCAUCAACGGCUACCACAACCUCCACUGCGUGAAGACCCUCCGCACCGCGCUGGUCGAAUUCCACGACGCCCGUCCGCAAAGCUCCCCCUGGGACCACGUACAACACUGCCUCCUCGUCCUCCGUGACGAGAUCCUGUGCAAUGCGGACGAUACACCCCGGUAUACGGGGUUCCAGCCGGAUCAGAAGAGCGGGCUGGGGCAGGUGCGCAUGUGUCGCGAUUUCGGGCAGUUGGAGCGCUGGGCGAAGAGCCAGACGGCGUGUUGGAGACAUGUGGGGGAUAUUGCGGAUGAGGGGUUUCGCGAGUUGGAUCGGUAUCGGUUUUGUCCGGAGGGGAGUGAGUAUAAGGAGGUUAGUGAGACGAUGUGGGUGAAGGGGGAUUGGUGGCGGAAGUAUAAGGAUGGGUUGUGA